AUGUGUAGUGGUCAGAAAAUUUCAUGUGCUUUAUGGGACUCUUAUGCUGUGAAGAUGAACAAACACAUAUCAGAAAAUAAUUCUGAUUCACCUGUUGUCGUCUUUCUACAGAUGGCCAAGUUGAAAGAGUGGGGUGGAAUGCCUCAAGUCAGUAACCGUUUGUUUGGCACCAGACUACAUAUCAAUGAUGCCGUCGGUCCUAUUGUAAGCUUUCAAGAAAGGUUGAAGGAUAUGGAUAUGGCUGGUGAAUCUUCCAACAGGACAACACAGCUUACUGCCACCACUGUUGUGGCAAAACCUGCUGAUUACUACCUUCAAUACCAAAUUGCUACCAUUGAUGAGAUUCCUGACCAUAACAAGGAAAUUGGUUUAACUAUCGUUGGAACUAUUAUCAAUAUUCAAGUUGAAGAAGGUUGGUAUUACUGGGCAUGUCGUCCUUGUGACAAGAUUGUUACACGAAAUGAUGUAGCUGUUGAUGGUCAUCCUUUUAAUUGUGGAAAAUGUGGUGAUGUUUCAGAUGUAUUUGGAAAGGUGAGAGUCAUCAUCCGAGUGCAAGAUUCAACUGGCUCAUCAUCGUUUGUUUUAUUUGGUCGUCUUAUUCAGAAACUGAUCAACCGUAGCGAAGCGUGGCUAAUGGAUAAGAUAGCCAAGGAUCAAGGCAAACAAAUUGUGCCCGAGGAGAUUAACAUGCUGCUCAACAGGAGUGUGAUUGAUGAUAUUUCCAAACGCGCCCAUGCAAAUGAAGAAGGGCAUGUUAAUGAUGAUGGAACUCCGAUUAACAAGGAUAGUAAGCUAAAGCAUGUUGAUAUAACUGGUGACAACAUGCGGGUCAUUGAUCUAGAUGCUUCCACACCUGCAACAAAUGCUGGAAAGCGCCCAAUCGUUAUGGUUGAAGAAUCUGGUGAAUAUGAUUGCUCCUCCUCCAAGGCUAUAGCCCCUCUUGAAAGUCUCAAGAUACCCAAGAUAGAGAAGCUCGAUUAG